AUGCGACAAUGGUUUCGGACGCUCGCGGCGUUUGCAGCAAUGGCGUUGGCCUUGAUUGUCACAGCUAUUGCUAUUGAUACAAGUCCAAGCGAUCCUUGUGUCCCCCCCGAGCAGAAUGCGCUCUCAAGCAGGUGCUAUGGAGUCUGUAGCUCUUCGCUCUGUGUGAAUUACGCUCCUUCGACUGCAGAGGACCGAAGCACAUCCAGCAACGACGGCAGUACUUCUUACUUCCAUCGGGGCUGUGCUUCAGCUAGUAUCCCGACGUGCAAGACGAAGAAAAAGUCCUUGGGCAAGUGUGAGGUGCAGUGUCUAAUGGAUACACCACAUAGCUGGAACGAGGCACAGUGGACGCUGCAGAUCGCCCAGCCACAGAGUGACAAGACGGACACUGCUGUUUUCCAGAACAUUGAUGACCUCGCGCUGCCCCGGACAUUGCAGAAUUUGACAAUCGUUGGUGCGACUACGAGCUCGCAGAUCACGAUCCCGCUCUCGUUCUCACCGAAUGCUUUUCACACUGGCACAUCACUGCAGCACAUAGUCAUUUCAGACGUUAGUGUGGGCGAGAUGCUGACCAAUAUCUUUCCCGCUUCUCUCGAGUCGCUUACUAUUCAACGAGCACAACUCACUGCGUUUGAUCCUCGUGGGCCACAUUCGUUGACAUCGGUGUCUAUCUUAGACCUUCGCAACAACGAGCUGUCCGAUAUUCCUCCCGUUGUUUAUGAAAUGCGCCACCUGUCGGCGUUAUAUCUGCAAGGCAAUGCCAUCUCGAACGUCCACGUCACACUCCCGCAGCUCCAGUAUUUGCAGAAAUUAUCAGUGUUUGAAGCGGAUUUGACCGUCGAUGGAAGCUGCUCGUCGGGCUACGAAGCUGUUUCAUGGGCCAACAAAAGCGUGUGCUACACAACGGAAAGUGUCGGUCUUGGCAGCAUUAGCAGCGCUAAUUCUGAAGAAGUGAGCACUACCUCAACAGCAAGCGAUGAUAUCAGCGGCUCCGUCAUUAUAUUUGUGGUUCUAGGGCUUGCGCUCUUUGGUGUUUUCGCCGUGAUUGGCGGCGUUGUGUUCCUCCGGAGGUGGAAGCAAAAGACGGCGAAGGAGCAACAUGAUUCCCUCGUGAUGGGCGAAGGCAAAACCAAAGUCAACUUUGAACGCUUUCGUGUGCGAAUGGGCGUAUCUAACGGUCCACAGCAACCUACCGAUCUCAAGGCAUCGUUGAGCGAGUACAAUACUGGAGGUGGACACCGCAAGUCAGCAUUCAAAGAAUUUCCGGCGGCUGAAAUGGUGAUACUCAACCAGCUGUCGAUUUCUGGUCCCGUGGUAGUCUCCCUGGCAGAGCAUUGUCGACAACUGGUGCUUGUGACAAAACUCCAGGCUAGUGGUGAAGAUGUAGAGGCAGCUCUAGAGAUGAUCCCAAUGCUGUCACAAAUGCGUCACCCCCAGCUUCUCUCAAUUACUGGACUUAUCUGGGAUGAACGGCUUGCGAUGACUGCUGUGUGUGAAUACAUGACGCUGGGCACGCUUGAAGCGUAUCUCCGGAAUUCUGGUUCGAAGCUGAGCUGGAAAAAUUUCAAGAUGAAAGCAGCAGCUGAAAUUGCGCGUGGGCUCAUGUACAUCCACAGCCAGCAUAGGGUCACUUACGACGGACUCAGUGGUAAAAGUGUGCUCGUGGACCCCAAGAAGGGCUGCAAACUGAACCCCGUGCAAGCCGCACUUCCGACGGGCGGAUUAUCUCCUUACAGUUGCCAGUCGUACUACCGUCGAUCAGACUCGACUACCAAGGCCUUUUUCGCUCCAGAAAUUCUCAUUGGUGAGACCUCUCGGUCCUCAUCCGACAUGUAUGCUUUUGGUGUGCUGCUGGCACACCUGGAUACGUGCCAGUCGGCAGAUGAAAUGAUAAGAAGCUCAUGGAGACUGCGUACACAUAUUGGCGACUUGGACGUGAACAACAGCACGCUUUUAUCCACUGACGGCACUGUUACAACAACGGAUCCUGCUGGGAUUGACCCCGAGCAGUUUCGGAGGCGUACCACUCACCUCGAAAGUUUACCGAGCACUAGCAGCUUUCGUACACUCCAGAGCUCCCGUAGUCUUGCUCUGGAGGAAAACCGACGACGAACAACUCCUCUGCUGGGCGUCCACAGCAACGAUGAGACGAGUUUUAUGAGUAUGUUUACGUUCACGCCGGAGUGUCCCGCCACAGUUCGAGAGCUGGCAGUUGCAUGCCUUCAGUACGACCCAUCGCUGCGUCCUAGUGCAUCUUACAUUGCAGCCAUGCUGCACAUGUAA